UGUCCCUUAGCGGGACGCGGUGCAACGGCGAACCCGUUUUUCUGAAGCUGCCAACGCCGCCGUCUGAUCUUCCUUCGCACUUAUCUCGACGCUUGCUGAUGAAAUCCUCAUGAGCCAAUUGCCGAGAAAUACGAACGGCAAUUUACGAUAGAGGACCAAAAAGUGCCGCGCGACCUAUUCCUAAUCGAGGUGGCUAACCAGGUGCACCAUGUUGAAUUUCUCGUGCCCAUCCGCCACCUCGGGAGGUAUCUGGCGACUGUGGAGAGCCCAUGCCUGAUCGCCGUCCUACAUACCACAUCCAUAGAAUCAUAAACGCCCCCCUCGUGGGUCGCAUUUCGUUUAAGAUCCCGGCUGCCCGCUGUCUCCGGCAGCCUGCAACAAGGAGAUUUUCCAAACCUCCUUUCCAGCCAAAACCCGAUUACCAUGGAAAAAAUCGAAAUUGAUAGUGGGAAUGGAGGGAGUGACAAGAAGGGGUUGCCUCCUUAUGAAGGGGAAGGCACAGAUGCAACCCUACGACAACGAAAGGGUUCUGUAGCGGAUCCCGAGGCUUUGGCCGGCGAGAUAUUCGAUCCACGCUUUGAACAGACGAAGCGAGGACUGAAGUCGCGUCAUGCGCAGAUGAUCGCACUGGGAGGGACAAUUGGAACGGGUAUGUUCGUUGGGACCGGUCAAACCCUGGCACGAGGUGGUCCUGCAUUUAUCUUUGGUUGCUUCAUCGUCGUCUCAUUCCUCAUUUACUGCAUUGUCACGGCAAUUGCUGAGGUCGCGGCGUUCCUACCCACCCCUGGAAGCUCGAUGAACCUCUUUGGAUACCGAUAUGUCUCCCGGUCCUUGGGCUUCGCUAUGGGCUGGCUAUAUUUCUACUCGCUUGGCAUCCUUGUUCCUUAUGAGAUCACCGCCGCAGCCCUAGUCAUCCAGUACUGGAACUCCCCCGUCCACAUCGCAGUAUGGAUCACCAUCUUUAUCGUUAUCAUUAUAGGUUUGAAUGCCCUUCCUGUUCAGUACUAUGGGGAAACAGAGUUCUGGUUCGCGGGGAUCAAGGUCAUCAUGAUAUUUGGCUUGCUCAUUAUGUCCGUCGUCCUCUUCUUUGGUGGUGGACCUAGCCACGACCGGCUCGGGUUCCGGUAUUGGCAAAAGCCUGGAGCUGCCAAAGAAUAUCUUGAAACCGGGGACACUGGACGGUUCCUGGCACUGCUUUCGACGCUUGUGCUGAGCGCUUUCCCUUUCGCCUUUGCGCCAGAGAUGAUGGUCGUGACCGCGGGUGAGAUGAAAUCGCCGCGGAGAAAUCUACCCAUUGCUGCAAGGCGUUACAUCUUCCGCUUGGUCUUCUUUUACAUUUUAUCGGUACUGGCCAUGAGUGUGAUCUGCCCGAGCAAUGAUCCGGCGAUCACUUCGGACGGCGCUGGAGCUGGUGCCAGUCCCUUCGUCGUGGGAAUUCGAAAUGCUGGCAUCAAGUCUCUUGAUAGCGUGAUCAAUGCCGGCAUUUUGAUAUCCGCUUGGUCGUCUGGAAAUGGCUUCCUAUAUCUGUCGAGUCGAUCGCUCUAUUCGCUGGCAUUAUCUGGCAAUGCGCCAAAGAUAUUUAAAACCUGCACGAAGAAAGGCGUUCCCUACAUGGCUCUCAUAGCCUCCAGCUGUUUCUGCGCACUGUCAUACCUCAACGUCGGUGACAAUUCGGCCGUGGUCUUCAACUGGUUCGUCAACCUUACGAACACGUCAGCUUUCAUAUCGUGGAUGUGCUGCUGCAUUGUCUUACUACGCUUCCGAAAGGCCUGUGCGGUGCAAGGCGUCCCCGACUCGGCAUUGCCUUUUCACUCGAAGCUUCAGCCAGUGGGUUCGUGGAUUGCCUUGGGGUCAUUCGGGUUCCUGACCUUGAUCAAUGGGUUCCACGUGUUCUGGCCCCAGAAUUGGAGCGCAAGCUCGUUCCUAACUGCAUAUAUUGGUAUCCCGAUCUUCCUGGCCAUCUAUUUCGGGCACCGAUUUAUUUGGGCCUGGAACGACACUUGGGCUUAUAAUCCAGCUGAAACGGACCUCACCACCGGCAUGGACCAGGUUUUGGCCGAGGAGAAGCCACCGAAGCCAGCGAGAGGCCCCAAAUAUAUCUCUUGGGUUCAGAAACUCUGGACAUAGAUCUGGGAACGCGCCUCAUCUAUCAAUGUCUAUAGGGCAGCAAUCAACCUUAAUCUCAAUUGUAUAGCGCUGUCGCUAUAUAGGAGUUCAACCGGAAUCUAUUAACCUACUUGCAGUCCCGACAAU